GAUGUCAUUGAUACAAGCAUAGUCCUCCCUCCCUCCCCCGUAUUAAAAUUAAUCAUAUCUCUCCCUCCUGCAUUUCAUGAAGACAUGCAGCAUUGAUUAAAAAUUAAUGUUUCUACGUGGCAUGGACAAUAUUUCAUUCUUAUAAAGCUUUCUGAAUUUUCGUUGAAAAAAUUAAUAAAAUAACUGGCACAAAAAGAUAGUGGAGAUGGCGGAGGAAAAAGUGAUUAUGGUCACUGGUGGCACAGGUUUAGUCGGUCAAGCAAUCAAAAUUAUUUCUGAGAAAGAAGAGAAAAAAGAAAAGGAGCGCUGGAUUUUUUUAUCAUCCAAAGAUGGUGACUUGAGCAACACAGAGGAAACAAAAGCAAUUUUUGAAAAAUACAAACCAACACAUAUUAUUCACCUUGCUGCAAUGGUUGGUGGCCUUUUUAGAAACCUAAAGUAUAAUCUAGACUUCCUGCGAAAAAAUAUACUUAUAAAUGACAACAUUUUACAAUGCUCAUUUGAGUAUAAGGUUUCAAAAUGUGUAUCCUGUCUUUCUACUUGUAUAUUCCCAGAUAAAACAACUUAUCCUAUCAAUGAAACAAUGGUACAUGAUGGUCCACCUCAUGAUUCGAAUUUUGGCUAUUCAUAUGCAAAAAGAUUGAUUGACAUACAAAAUAAGGCUUACAAUGCACAACAUGGUUGCAACUUUACAAGUGUAAUACCCACCAAUGUGUUUGGUCCACAUGACAACUUUAAUGUGGAAGAUGGUCAUGUCAUUCCUGGCCUUAUUAACAAGAUCUACAAUGCUAAAAAAGAAGGAAAGCCAUUCGUGGUUUGGGGCACAGGCAAGCCACGAAGGCAAUUCAUAUACUCAUUGGAUCUAGCAAGAUUGAUGAUUUGGGUGUUAAGAGAUUAUAAUGAAGUAUCGCCAAUCAUUUUGUCAGUUGGUGAAGAAGAUGAGGUAUCAAUAAAGGAUGCUGUUGAAAUGAUCGUGGAAGCUAUGAAUUUCAAAGGAGAAUUGACUUAUGAUACAAGCAAGUCAGAUGGUCAAUUCAAAAAAACAGCAAGCAAUGCAAAACUCAGGAAAUAUCGACCUGACUUUAAAUUUACAGACUUUAAGCAAGCAUUGCAGGAGACAUGUGAAUGGUUUGAGACUAAUUAUGAGGCAGCAAGAAAAUAAAUUGAUGCAAACUUUGUGAUAAAGUACUUGAUUUGUGGCAAAGCCACUUUACCUAUUAUUGUGAAAUCUAGGGGAGAAUUAUGAAUUUAGUGUGCUAUAUUUACUAUUUUAAUGUUAUUAAACAAAUUAUUAAAGGUAUAAAAUAAAAUUAUAACAAAACCUGCCCAAACUUUAGUUAAACAUUUAAUGUCACAAAAAGCUAAAAGGGAUUGUUUUCUUUAGUUGCAAUUUGUUUCUCUUUCAACUUUCAUGUAUUGAUUAUUUUUUACAUUAAAAUGUUCUAUUCUAACUGGAA